AUGUUACCAUCAAUAGCAUCAACCAUCCUAUUUUCGGCUCUAGCACAAGCAAAUACCCAGACUUACAAUCUUACAAUCCAAAAGAACGCACCAGAAAAAGCAUACCAUGUACCAGCCGACUUCUUCAGUUUCGGCUUCGAAACCGCCUUCUUCCCCCAAUUCGACACCGAUCUAUCCGAAAACAUAAUCAACUCCAUCGGCUCGCGCAUGAGCAAGCCCUUGAUCAUCCGCAUCGGCGGCACAAGCGGCGACCUGGUGCAGGUCAACCUAACACAAGAAGAACCCGCUCGCUGUGCGAGCGGACCGGACUGUCCCUACUCCAGCGAAGAUACCUUCGUGCUAGGCCAAAGUUAUUUCGACACCUUCAAGCGAUUCCAGAGCGCAACAAUGACCAUCCAGGCGCCCAUGAUCCCCGUCAAGCCUGACAGCAAGGACGAUGAUUGGAUUCCCAAUUCGCUGGAUUUUAUCCAGCGCGCCUACCAUGCUCUUGGAAAAGAGCGUGUCAAUGCUAUUGCGUUGGGUAAUGAGCCUGAUUACUAUUCAUAUGGAGUGGAGCAGUAUGUUGACCGGGCGCUGGAGAUUGAGAACCGCACCAUUGAGCUUUUGGGCUUGGAAGGUGCCGAUAGACGGAUCUUUGAGCUGGGUGAUAUUGGAUGGACAGUGAUCAAACAGCGGGACCAAGAUGGGGAGGACUUUGGCUUGCGGAAGAUCUUCCAGAACGAGCUCAAUGCGAAUGGAUACGGCAAGUAUGCUGCGCAGCAUUACUACCAGGCCGAUGAGGGGGGCAAAUAUGAUUCGCAGGCGCUGCAGGACCGUCUCAUGAACCACCACGCCAUUGCUGAGCGCUUCCCCAAAAUGCGAAGAGGCAUUGAAUACAUUCACCAAGCCGACAGCAAGAUUGGGUUUGUGAUUUCCGAGCUGGGCUGUGCUCUAGGAGGUCCUCCCGUCAGCUUUGCUGGCGCUUUUGGUGCAGCGCUGUGGGCAGUUGACUUCCACCUGACCGCAAUGGCACGCGGCGUGCAGCGAGUCUCGAAUACCAUGCGCCCGGAGGCUACGCAUUCUUUCUGGGUCCCCAAUGAUAUGGGCACUCAGACUCGUGGUCCUUCUGUGCAGGGCGUCUUCCCUGCUGCGGCUUUCAUCACCGACUUUGUGGGCAAAGGUGACUCUCUCGGUCAGGUCAUUGAGAUUGAGGUACCAGGCAUGCCGCAGUUCUUUAGUGCGUUUGCGAUGUAUGAUCUCCAGUCAGGUCAACUGGCACGUAUUGCGCUUGUCAAUCUGAAGCAGUGGGAUCAUACCUCCCAGGAUGACCGAGGUAGUGCCGAGGUUAUCCUGAAUGUUGGUGAGAUCGGGUCGAUGCAUGCUCGAAGACUGCACGCUGAGAAGGGUACAUCGGCCAUGGGCUUUGAUCUCGGUGGCCAUGGAGAUAAUGUAACCUGGGCUGGAGAGCAAUGGUCUCACACCGUUGAUGGGGGCAAGGGGCAUUUUGUUGAUGGUACUAUGGUGCAGGAGACGGUCACUAUGGAGGACGGUCAUGCCCGAAUCUCCGUCCUUGACAGUGAGGCGAUCAUUGUGUAUUGUAAUACGGGGAUUAGUCUUUUGGAUCUUCUUCAAUAA